UCACAGAAAUAUUAUUCUUUAUCCUUUUUCACAUUAUUAGAAAAUCUUUUUCAAUUUCUCUCUCUAAAAUGUCCGGUUACCCGCAUAACGUUCCCGGCUACGGUUACGGUCAGCCACCACCACCCCAGCCGUACUCCUCCACCCCAUACGGCGCUGCUCCACCACAUUCAGCAUCCCCUUACGGUGCCCCACCACCGCCCUCUUCGUCAUCCUACGGUGCCCCACCACCACAAAGUCACUCCUCCUCCCCAUACGGUGCCCCGGCCCCACCACAAAGUCACUCCCCUUACGCACCCGUCCCCUCUCCGUACUCCGCCGGUGCUCCGUCUUACGGUAGUGAUCCGCAUAAACCCCCAAAAGAGAACAAACCGCAGUCUUACGGUGGUUACCCGGCUCCACCACCUUCAGCUCCUUACGGUGAUCCGAACAAACCCCCGAAAGAUAAUAACCCACACGCGUCUUCUCCUUACGGUGGGUACCACGCGCCAGCUCCUUAUGGGGCUACGAGCCCGUUUGCAUCACUAGUGCCCUCGGCUUUUCCACCUGGCACCGAUCCGAACGUGAUAGCGUGUUUCCAGCUGGCGGACCAGGAUGGGAGUGGGUUAAUCGAUGAUAAGGAGCUGCAGAAGGCGCUUUCUUCUUAUAAUCAGAGCUUCAGCUUGAGGACUGUUCAUCUCCUUAUGUACCUCUUCACCAAUACCAAUACUAGAAAAAUCGGUCCCAAAGAAUUCACUUCAGUCUUUUACAGUCUUCAAGAGUGGAGAGGAAUAUUUGAGAGAUUCGACAGGGAUAGGAGUGGAAGAAUUGAUUCAUCUGAAUUGAGAGACGCAUUACUUAGCCUGGGAUAUGCUGUAUCACCUCCUAUCCUGGAUUUGCUGGUCUCCAAGUUUGACAAAACUGGUGGAAAGAAUAAGGCCAUUGAAUAUGAUAACUUCAUCGAGUGCUGCCUCACUGUGAAGGGACUAACUGACAAAUUCAAGGAGAAGGAUACUUCAUAUUCUGGCUCGGCUACAUUCUCUUACGAGUCCUUCAUGCUAACCGUUUUACCUUUCCUGAUCGCUUAGGAGCAUGUGAAUCUUACAAUUACCUUGUGGUUUUUACUAGUAUCUUUUCGUUUUGAUAAUUUGUUUUCAGAUAGUAUGCUUCUGUUUGGUGUUGUAAUAGAUCGAGUUGGGUGAAGUUAAAUCACUUUCUUGUAGAAGCCAGUGUGUUGCAGCUGUUAAUGGGAUAUAAAAAUAAUUUUGAUGUGUUUUUGAAAGCGAUGAAUUCAAACUUCAAAGCUGUCAAAUGCAUGAUUAGUU